AAUGAAUAUUAAAAAUUAAAAAUUAAAAAAGCCUACGGGCAUGGAACCAUUUGUGCGGAGCGUGUUCCGUAACGGACAGAGAACGGCGUUGCACGUAGUCAUGAUGGAAGUUUGGCCAAGUCAGCAUCGUUGUAGACCCUCUUUUGGUGGGUUUUAUAACUCGCCUGGUGUUUAAAGGGGCUUUUAAAUGAGCCUUUAAAGGGCUCUGAUGAAUGACGUCUUUUUCUAGGCCACCUCACCAACACCGGAAGUUAGCAUCGCACCGGUUCCCUCCAACACAAAUCAAUGGUCUUUUGCUGCUGAGGAUCAUCCCCUCACCCACAGAGGAGCCUCCCCCUGGUCUGCUGUGACUAUUGGACUUUACAGUAAAUCAUUACCCAAAUCAAUAUGAGGAUUCCUUCCAUAACAUCCUCAGAUGGAGAAACAACAACACAUACACAUGCAUUGUUCAAGUAGAAGGACCCUUUUUUUUGUAAAUAGGAGCCUCAAGAAAACAACAGAUCACAAACUGAUUGAUUUCCUUCUCCAAACCCUCUGGCUGGCCUGCAGCGGAUGGUAACAACCCAGAUUAAAUCAGCUCCGGGUCAGAAAAGUUGACCAUUAACCUCUCUCACUGAUUGCGAGCACAUCUCCACUUUGUAAGCAGCUGAGUCCAUACGGUGGAUCCUGUAGCAAAGUUCACUGUCAAGAAGUCUGUCAAACGACAGGAGCUUGCUCCUUUUUUGCUGGAUUGGUCCUCUAUUCUUCCAGUUUUUCCCAUUUUUAUAGGACUAAAUCUGCAGCCAUGGCUACAGCGAGUUAUGGAUACUACCAAGGCACUAUAUUUACGGCCAUGUUUGUGGGCUACAUGCUGUACUGCUUUAACAGAAAGACUUUCUCCUUUGUGAUGCCUUCACUCAUGCAAGAAAUUGAGCUGGAUAAGGAUGACCUGGGCAUGAUCACCAGCAGUCAGUCUUUGGCCUACGCUAUCAGUAAGUUCAUCAGUGGCGUGCUUUCGGACCAGAUCAGCGCCCGCUGGCUCUUCUCCAUUGGCCUGUGCAUGGUGGGAGGCAUCAACGUGGUCUUCUCCUGGUCCUCCACUGUCGCUGUCUUCUCUGCCCUGUGGUUCCUCAACGGCCUGGGCCAGGGCCUCGGCUGGCCUCCCUGUGGCAGGGUGCUGCGCAAGUGGUUUGAGCCUUCUCAGUUUGGGACAUGGUGGGCAAUUCUCUCCUGCAGCAUGAAUCUGGCUGGCAGCUUGGGCCCCAUUAUUGCCACAGUGCUGACCCAGAGUUACAGCUGGAGGUCGAUACUGUUCGUAUCUGGAAUGAUUUGUGUGGCGGCCUCCUUUUUCUGUCUGCUGCUCAUCAAGAAUGAGCCGAAGGACGUGGGGCUGCCCAACAUAGAGGCAGCAGCCAAGAAGAGCAAAGGAGGAUCCUCCAGUGAUGAAAGCACCAUGUCCGAGUUCCUGCUGUCGCCCUACCUGUGGCUGCUGUCCGUGUCCUACCUGGUGGUGUUCGGGGUGAAGACAGCCUGCACCGACUGGGGCCAGCUAUUUCUCAUUCAGGAUAAGGGCCAGUCUACACUUAUGGGUAGCUCAUACAUGAGUGCGCUGGAGGUUGGAGGCCUGUUCGGCAGUCUCGCAGCAGGUUACUUUUCUGACAAGGCGGUGGCCAAACAAGGCACGAGAAACUAUGGCAAUCCUCGCCAUUUCAUCCUGAUCUGCAUGAUGGUUGGAAUGUCGGUGUCCAUGUUCCUGUUCAGAGUCACAGUUACUCCCGACAGCUCAAAGGUGUGGAUACUCUGCUUGGGUGCUGCUUUCGGUUUCUCGUCUUAUGGACCAAUAGCGUUAUUCGGAGUUAUAGCCAAUGAGAGCGCCCCCUCCAACUACUGUGGGACAUCACAUGCCAUUGUUGCCCUCAUGGCUAACGUUGGUGGCUUCCUGUCUGGACUUCCAUUCAGCACUAUUGCCAAGCACCACGGCUGGGAAAUGGCCUUCUGGGUAGCAGAGAUCACCUGUGGCGUCGCCACGGUUGGAUUCUUCCUACUGCGCAACAUCCGCACCAAGAUGGGUCACGUGUCCAAGAAGGCCGACUAAAACAUUUUUACACCCAGAAGAAAACUGGAUACUUUAAGCCAUCAAUGUAUUUUAAUAUUUUUGUAACUUGAUUUUUUUUUUUACCAUAGUACUUUGUCUUACAGGACGUAAGCUAAGCCCUGAGACGUUGAGUGCCUUUUCUUGAAAAAAGAAAAGUGCUUUUCUACAGUAUUAAUACUCAUGAGAUCAAUAACAAAAUGUAAAUGACUACACAUUGUUUGCCAUAUAAUGGGAAUGUGGCAAAAACACAUCCAGAGAACGGUUUCCUCUCUUUAAGACACUUUUGUAUUUCAAUUAAAAGAGCACAAAACUUUAAACUGGUAUUUUAUACAGUAUCUGUUUUUAAAUAAAACUACUUUGUAAUAUUGAAUCAUGAAUGGAAUUACAAGAAUUAAACAUCUUUUUUUGUAGAAAACUAAA